AUGAGCAAGGGGCAGCCAGACGACGUCGCGAUCAGAGCUGUUUGCGAUUAUAUGAAGGAGCAAAAUCGCCCAUACAGUGCUGUGGAUGUGUGGAAUAACCUGCAUCAGAAAUAUCCGAAAGCCCAAGUGAUCAAGUGCUUGGACAACGGCGUUGAGCAGGGAGUUUUAUGCGAGAAGCUCAUCUCGAAGCAGAAAAUAUACUUUGCCGACCAGGUUUUAAGAAAGCAGGAGAAGAACGAAGAAAUGGAGGAGAAGCAACAGCGCAAAAUUGAAAAAUGUUGCGAGAGCGAGCUGCAGGCAAUGGACAAAAUGAUCGCGGAAAAGAAGAAGCUCUUCGAUGAGUUCAGCAACGAGAUAAAAGCUGCCAAAAACGGUAGUGUUUGA